CCAUCCUACACUCGUGGCUCAUAAAACCAGCAUUUAUUUCUUUCCCAUUCUCCCUACACCUGCAUUUAUCUUAUAUAUACAAAUACAAUGCAUUAGUGUCCAUUCAUAAUACUAGAUAUGGCACAUCUAAAGGGUCUGUUCUUUAUUCUGUUGGUGUGUAUGGUACGGUGCAGCCCACCAGAAGAGCCGAUCCAAUGUUCAUCAUCGACGACGAAUUGCACCAUCACCAAUUCAUAUGGCGCAUUUCCUGAUCGGUCCAUAUGCCGUGCAGGCGAAGUAGUCUACCCCACCAACGAAGCCGAGCUUACGGCAGCAGUAGCGAAGGCGACGAUGAGGAAGAGGAAAAUGAAGGUAGCCACUCGCUACUCGCAUAGUAUACCGAAGUUGGUUUGUCCUGGAGGCGAUGACGGACUACUUAUAAGUACCAGAUUCCUCAACCGCAUUCUCGGUGUGGAUGCGACAGCAAUGACGAUGACAGUAGAAAGCGGCGUUACUCUUAGAGAGGUAAUCGAUGGGGCGGCUAAGGCCGGGCUAGCACUUCCUUAUACACCUUAUUGGUGGGGCUUGACGAUCGGUGGCCUACUGGCUACGGGUGCACACGGUAGCUCGUUAUGGGGUGUGGGAAGCUCCGUUCAUGACCAUGUUGUUGGAUUGAGGAUAGUCACUCCAGCAGCCUCAUUGGCUGAGGGCUACGCAAAGGUCAGAUUGGUCAUGGUGGGCCACCCAGACAUGGAUGCAGUUAAGGUGUCACUUGGGGUCCUUGGGGUCAUCUCACAGGUGACUCUUAAAUUGCAACCACUUUUUAAACGGUCCAUUACUAAUAUGGGGACCAGUGACUCUGACUUGGGAAAUAAGGCUGUUGGGUUUGGGAAUGAACAUGAGUUUGCAGAUAUGACAUGGUACCCCAGUCAACGUAAGGUGGUCUACCGAAUGGACGAUCGGAUCUCAUCCAACGUGUCAGGGAACGGUCGUAACAACUUCAUCGGAUUCCGCUCGACUUCUGCACUUACAUUAGCGAUAGUUAGGUCGACAGAGGAAGGCCAUGAAGCUACCAACAACCCCGGCGGGAAGUGUACUGAUUCGAAGGUAAUUGUGUCCGCACUCAUGAUGGACGGUUACGGUUUGAUGAAUGAUGGGAUCUUAUUUAAAGGCUAUCCGGUCGUCGGGUACCAUAACAAUCUACAAUCGUCUGGGGGCUGCCUAGAUAGCCUAGAAGACGCCUGCCUCACUGUAUGCCCUUGGGACCCAAGAAUCAAAGGGGAGUUCUUUCAUCAAACAACAAUUACCAUUGGAUUGUCCAAAGUUCAAAACUUCAUCCAGGACGUACAAAAGCUAAGGGACAUAGUACCGAAUGCGAUGUGCGGUCUAGAUCUCUACAAUGGGAUCUUGAUACGGUACGUUAAGGCCUCAAGUGCUUACUUAGGUAAACAAGAGGACGGUCUGGAUUUCGACAUCAGCUACUACAGAAGCAAGGACCCUACAGCCCCUAGGCUCCAUGAAGACAUCUUGGAAGAAGUGGAGCAGAUGGCGCUUUUCAAGUACGGAGGGCUACCACAUUGGGGAAAGAAUCGCAACCUUGCGUUCGACGGCGUGAUCAACAAGUACGGUAAGAUCGGUGAAUUCUUGAAGGUGAAACAGACGUACGAUCCACUGGGCCUUUUCUCUAGCGAGUGGACGGAUCAAGUUCUUGGAAUCAACGGUCGAGCGAGCAUAAUCAAGGAGGGAUGUGCACUAGAAGGAUUGUGUAUAUGCUCAGAGGACCUCCAUUGCGCUCCUAAUAAAGGCUACUAUUGUCGGUCGGGUAAGGUGUAUACGGAUGCUCGGGUCUGUACCCGUUUAACCAAUUCCCACUAGCAUAUAAUAAUAAUAAUGGCACGUUUGUGGUAAAAUGUAAGCUUCCACACGUGUACCAGAUCUAAAACGUUUAUCUUGUGUGGCCCAUCUAAGUUUCCACACGUGUACCAAUGAAAUGUGGAGCAUCAGUUUUGUGUUUUCA